AUGACUCGUACGUCCUCUAAAACCAAGCAAGCUACUGCAGCUGGCUCGCCCGCAGGUCGGGCUGUCAAAUGCCCAAUCUGCCUCAAACUCAUUUCCAGAAAGAACGAUCUCAACCGGCACCUUCUGACCCAUAACAAGGACAAGUCUACAUAUCCUUACAGAUGUCCUUACCCAAACUGCGAGUUCCGCAGUCUCCAAGAGUCAAACCUCAAAACACAUUACAAAAUCCACACUGGUGUAAAAGACAAAAAAUGCUCUCACGCCGAGUGCCUUUUUGCCACCAGCGAUCCUGGAUCCUUAACACGACACCGCAAGAGGAAGCACGACUAUGUUCCUCUCCCUCGCAGGAAGUUUAACAACGCCAGUGGUUUGUUCGAAUCACCUUGCUCGACCACCUUGCCCAAUUCUCGCUCCCCGACUCCAGAGCCAAACCUUUCCGAUAGCUCAUUCUCCCCUAUCUCCCCUUCGCCAUGCUGCUCUGAAUCACUAGCCUUCAGCACGUCAAGGACCUCCGCAUCCAUUCAUACACCCGAUUACGUUGCUAGUCCGAUUCUCCGACCUGCCUCUUUCGAUUAUAGUACAAUGCCAAGGUCUGCUCCGGCGGCGAGUCAGCGUGUCGACACCAGAAUCACACUCCCGAGCAUCUCAAGCUGGUACAGAGAGGACGCUCGCCGACCUCUUUAUGAGUCGCAAUAUCAGCCCCUUCCUUCGUCGUCAACCUCAGUUUCAUGCUCUGGUUGUCCAGACUGUGACAGGCAGUACAUGGCGGUUGUACCUGCACCUAUGAGCUUCUGGUCCUAA